AUGCUGCUUUCAGCUUCAAGCAGAUUGGUACACGUUUUCAAACAAACCUUCAUACCUUCGGUCAGAGUCAGUUCUGUGAUCCCUAAACGUAUGGCUCAUGGUGGCCCAGUUGAAUCUGAUGAAGAAUUCGACUGCAGGUACGAAGCAUUCUUCAACAAGCCGGAUAUAGACGGGUGGGAGGUACGCAAGGGAAUGAACGACCUUCACGGCAUGGACCUGGUACCAGACCCUAGGAUCAUCAAGGCAGCCCUCCACGCCUGUCGACGGGUGAAUGACUACGCCCUAGCUGUUAGGUUCAUUGAAGCUUGCAAGUGUAAGUGCGGAUCCAAAGUGAACGAGAUAUACCCGUACAUCAUUCAGGAAAUCAAGCCAACAUUGACGGACCUUGGCAUUGAGACUCCGGAAGAAUUGGGUUAUGAUAAGCCCGAAUUGGCUUUGUUGGAUGUGUACGAGAUGUAA